CCUUCCCCCGUCCCAAUCCCAGCGCUGGUCCAAACUGUCAUCAGUUGUGUUCGUCUCCUCUGUGAGAGGCUGCUGUACGUGGAACCUCCCUCACUCUCUGACGCAAUCAACCACCUGCGACAGACGUGUAAACCAACCAGUUGCCUUGACGACAACAUUGGGGGUGUGGCUAUUGAUGGGCAACAGCGAGAAGAUGAAUAUUCUGAUAAAGUAAGUACCAUUCCAUUUCCUCACUCCUCACGAACACACACCCAUCUGUCACACACCCAUAUUACCCUCAAACCAAACCAACAUCUCUCUCUACCAAAUCUGAAUUAGGUUUAACAACACUCAGGACCACAUGCUACUUGAUAUCUUAGCCUUUUCCUCUUCAGAGAGCAGCUGCCGUCGAUUACAUUGGCUGUUUUCAGUUAAGAGGUCCUCAGCUGUUGGCGCUAAGUACCAAUCGAUUUGGAAAUAACAACUGUUUGUUUAAUACGCGACGACGAUAUUCGCGACUCGGAAAAAUAAAUUUUGGGAGUCAGGUUAUGCACUGUUGCUGCCGUGACAACUACAGUGGAACUGGUCUAAUCCAGACACAAAUGGGACAGAAGAAAGUGUCCAUAUUAGUGAGGUGUCCUUAUUUCAGUGGUUGAAAAGAACUGUUCUUGGUGAAAGAAAAGGUGUCCUCAUUUCAGGGGUGUCCUUAGAGAGGUGUCCUUAGAGAGGUGGUCUCCGUAAUGCGCGCGUUUCUCGAUAUAUAGGAAGAAAAGAUUCGCUCACCGGUAAACAGAACUUCUGUGACAAGAGCCGGUGAUGUACUAGAUGAUUACAUCAUCGGGAAUGAGGAUGACAUCACUGAUGAGGGUGUUGAUAACAGCGGUGGAGGGAUAGUGGAGGCCCUGGAGCUAGUGAGAGAGGGAGUCCAUCACCUGGUGACCAUGUACUGUCUCUCCUUGUUGCCUGGUUACCUGCCAGAGUGGUGGGCGGAGCCCAAGAAAGUGGUGCCGCUGUCGAAACAGACCAGAGUGUUCAGGGUUAAAGCCUGCGCUCUGCACAAACUGCCGAUCAUUGACUUUAGAAGGUAUUCCCACUUCCAGUUAGAAGCCUGUAUCUACCACGGAGGUCUGCCUGUCUCCAAGAGAACCUCCUCUCCUCCAGCCAAAAUUAGCCACAGCUUUUUCAGCUCCAUUGUCUGGAAGAAAUGGCUGAAUUUUGGAGUACCUCUCUCUCACCUUCCUCGUGAGUGUCGUCUCUGUCUCACUCUGCAUGGACUGGAGACCACGUCCAGCACCAACGACCGGGGAUGGAACCGCACCCCCAUUGCCUGGGUGAUUCAGAAACUAUUUGACAGUCGAGGGGUCCUGAUAUUUGGCCCCCGACUCCUGGGAAUGUGGGGGGGAGAUGAAGUCAUGGACCCCCUCGAUUCCCCGUACCCCAACACCUCCCGAGACGCAGUUCUCUUGGAGUUAUUGUUUGAGGAUAGUGGGGAAAGGGUUAAAUAUGAGGAAGCCCCGCCUAUUACAAGCCACGCCCCCUCCUCCGCCAAGAAACCGGGAGCCACGCCCAGUCUGUUGUACCGAGGACUCAAGAAAAUGGCAGAUAGAGACAGGUUUAGCAGUCUCUCGAUGGAGGAUGAGAAGCUGAUCUGGUCAAACCGGUUUCUGCUACGUGAUCACCUGAGUUCGUCACCUCGGGGGCUUCCCCUUCUCCUCCUCUCCACCCCUCACUGGCGUCCCCCUCACCGUGACGACGUGUGGGCGGUCCUGGGGGUGUGGCCUUGUCACGAUCCUGUUCAUGGUCUCGAGCUACUGGAUCCACAGUUAGCCGAUGGAAUAGUUCGGAAGACGGCUGUUAGCUGGUUGUCUGGUCUCCAUGACGACGACCUCUGUGACUUCCUCCCUCAGCUAGUGCAGAGUCUUCGCCAUGACAACUACGAGAGGGGCGCGAUGGCUGAGCUUCUUCUGAGACGAGCCGUUCUUUCUCCCCGAGUUGCUCACAGCCUCUACUGGCAACUGCGUAUCCUAGCAACGGCAUCGGGGGAGAGGUACGGAGUUCGCUAUAGGAACAUGACCCAAGCACUGGACGUCCUCCUCGGUGAGAGAAUACGUGCCGAGUUCACCACUCAGGAGGAGCUGGUGGAGCAGCUGGUUGCCGUGGCAGCAGUUGUCAAGGCAACGAGGGACGCCCACCGGCAGACGAUGUUGGUCCACGAGCUCCAGAGAGUGAAGGAGAGGAUGGUUGGUGACUUCCGGCUUCCUCUUUCUCCCUCCCUCCUCGUUAGAGGAGUAGAUGUUGAGUCCAGUUCAUUCUUCAAUUCCAAUACCGUCCCUCUGAAAAUCUCGUUCCUGAACUCCGACCCCUUCGGAGACAACAUCGACAUCAUUUUCAAGGUGGGUGACGACCUUCGACAGGACAUCCUGGUUCUUCAGAUGAUAAAACUGAUGGAGAAGAUAUGGCUGCGUGCUGGGCUUGAUCUGAAGAUGGUGACCUACGACUGUGUCGCCACUGGGCAGGAUCACGGGAUGCUGGAAGUGGUGACUGACUCCUCCACUCUGCGAGCCAUACAGACUGAACGUGGCGUCACUGGCUCGUUCAAAGACAAGCCACUCAGCAACUGGCUGAUGAGAUACAACACCUCAGAAACAGAUUACAGAAAGGCAAUCGACAACUUUACCUGCUCUUGUGCGGGAUACUGUGUCGCUACCUACGUCCUCGGAAUCUGCGAUCGCCAUAACGACAACAUCAUGGUGAAGAGAUCGGGCCACAUGUUCCACAUCGACUUUGGCAAGAUUCUGGGGAAUGCUCAGAUGUUUGGGUCCAUCAAGAGGGACCGGGUACCAUUUGUCUUGACUCGAGACAUGGCCUACGUCAUAAAUGAUGGAGACAGACCGACUUCUCGUUUCCAGCAGUUCGUGGACCUGUGCUGUACUGCCUACAAUGAACUGAGGAGGCACACUCACACUCUCCUCAGUCUUCUGUCACUGGUAAUUUCUCUGGAUAAUGGGGUGGCCUAAGGUUUUGGACAUAUAGCAAGCA